CUCUUCUUCCUCGGGGAGGCGAUCGGGCCCGCCUCCUGGGGCGCCACAGUCGCGUGACCCGCACAAUGGCUAACAGCCAACCUAAGGCAUCCCAGCAACGCCAAGCCAAAGUCAUGACCGCCGCCGCGGGCUCGGCGAGCCGUGUCGCGGUGCCCUUGUUGUUGUGUGCGAUGCUAGCGCCCAGCGGCGGCGCCUACGUGCUAGACGACUCCGACGGGCUGGGCCGGGAGUUCGAUGGCAUCGGCGCAGUCAGCGGCGGCGGGGCAACCUCCCGGCUUCUAAUAAAUUAUCCAGAGCCCUAUCGUUCUGAAAUACUGGAUUAUCUAUUUAAGCCAAACUUUGGUGCCUCUUUGCAUAUUCUAAAAGUGGAGAUAGGUGGUGAUGGACAAACAACAGAUGGCACUGAACCCUCCCACAUGCACUAUGAGCUAGAUGAGAAUUAUUUCCGAGGCUAUGAGUGGUGGCUAAUGAAGGAAGCUAAGAAGAGGAACCCAAAUAUUAUACUUAUGGGGUUACCGUGGUCGUUCCCUGGAUGGCUGGGCAAAGGGUUCAGCUGGCCUUAUGUAAAUCUUCAGCUCACGGCCUACUAUGUUGUAAGAUGGAUUUUGGGCGCCAAGCAUUAUCAUGACCUGGACAUUGAUUAUAUUGGGAUUUGGAAUGAAAGGCCAUUUGAUGCCAACUAUAUAAAGGAAUUAAGAAAAAUGCUGGAUUAUCAAGGUCUCCAGCGAGUGAGAAUCAUAGCAAGUGAUAAUCUCUGGGAGCCCAUUUCUUCUUCCAUGCUGCUUGACCAGGAGCUCUGGAAGGUGGUUGAUGUUAUAGGAGCUCACUAUCCUGGAACCCACACAGUGUGGAACGCAAAGAUGUCUGGGAAGAAGCUUUGGUCGUCUGAAGAUUUUAGCACUGUCAACAGUAAUGUUGGCGCAGGCUGUUGGGGUCGCAUACUGAACCAGAAUUACAUCAAUGGCAAUAUGACCGCCACAAUUGCUUGGAAUUUGGUGGCUAGUUACUAUGAAGAAUUGCCUUAUGGACGAAGUGGAUUGAUGACAGCCCAGGAGCCCUGGAGUGGGCAUUAUGUAGUAGCCUCUCCCAUCUGGGUGUCAGCUCAUACAACUCAGUUUACUCAACCAGGCUGGUAUUACCUGAAGACAGUUGGCCAUCUUGAGAAAGGAGGAAGUUAUGUAGCUCUGACUGAUGGCUUGGGAAACCUCACCAUCAUCAUUGAAACUAUGAGUCGUCAACAUUCUAUGUGUAUACGGCCAUAUCUACCAUAUUACAAUGUCUCACGUCAGCUGGCUACCUUCACUCUCAAGGGAUCUUUGAGUGAAAUACAAGAGCUACAGGUGUGGUAUAGCAAGCUUGGAACACCACUGCAGAGACUUCAUUUUAAACAACUGGAUACUCUAUGGCUCCUUGACAGCAGUAGCAGUUUCACACUGGAACUGGAGGAGGAUGAGAUAUUUACACUCACCACUCUGACCACAGGUCACAAAGGCAGCUACCCUCCCUCUCCCAAGUCGCAGCACUUCCCGACCAACUACAAGGAUGAUUUCAACGUUGAGUACCCAUUCUUUAGCGAAGCUCCGUAUUUUGCUGAUCAGACUGGCGUAUUUGAGUACCACAUGAAUCACGAAGACCUUGAGCAUCGCUUCACACUGCGCCAAGUCCUCAACCAGCGACCUAUUACCUGGGCCUCAGACGCUUCCAGCACAAUCAGUGUUAUAGGCGAUUACCACUGGACUAACAUGACUGUACAGUGUGACGUCUACAUAGAGACCCCUCGGAGCGGCGGUGUAUUCAUUGCUGGAAGAGUGAAUAAAGGUGGUAUCUUGAUUAGAAGUGCUACAGGAGUCUUCUUCUGGAUUUUUGCAAGUGGCUCUUACAGAGUUACAGCUGACCUGGGUGGAUGGAUAACAUACGCUUCAGGACGUGCUGACAUUACAGCUAAACGAUGGUAUACGCUCACCUUAGGCAUUAAGGGUUAUUUCGCCUUCGGCAUGUUGAACGGCAAGAUCCUCUGGAAGAAUGUCCCGGUGAAAUACCCAGAGCACGGCUGGGCUGCGAUCGGGACGCACACCUUCGAGUUUGCGCAGUUUGACAACUUUCACGUGGAAGCUGCUCGCUAGGCCCUCACGGGGCGGGGCGUCGAGACAUGAUUUGGAUUUUCUGUUUUUGAUUUUGGUUCAGGGCCAAUUCUGAUUUUGAUGGAUCUAUAUAUGAGCCUUUGAGGCUAACAAUAAUAGGGGAAAUAGCACAUUUUUGCUGGAUCCUGUGAAAGAUUUAUUUAGAGCUGAUUCCAGAGCGGAUGUAGGUAGUCUUUGGCACUGUCUGUGGUAGCGCUUAAGGCCCACUGUUGGCCAGUCCCACCCUUCAGGAGUGCUCCAGGUGGUUCUGGCCUUGUAGCCGUGUACUAAUACCGAGGUGCUCCCUCCAUGUUGUUUGUAAAUGAUCAUGCAGAUGGCUGGGACCACAGAGGCGUUUUUGUGAGCUCUAAGGAUGUGCUUCCUUAGAAACUGCUGAGCGCUGAAGCAAGUACUUCAGCUUGCGGCCCUCCCUU